GAACCAUCCAAAUAAAGGAAGCACGAAUCGAGCGACAGCUUCGCCGGUUUAAAGGCUCUCUAUUUCUGCCCAAGACGCAGUGUUUCCAUGGAGACAGUGUCAUCUCGUGGCCUGAAGCGCAGAUUCGAGGAGGUGGACAGUGGCUCGCCAUGUUCCACACCCAAAGAUUCGGAUGAUGACAUCUCUGGCAGUGACAGCGCUGAUAGCUGUGACAGUCUCAAUGCUCCCUCCAGCUCUCUCACACCCCCCUCCAUUCUCAGAAGACACAAAGCAUCUUUAGGUCGUAAGCAGGUACGCUUUGACGCAGUGACAGUCUAUUACUUCUCCAGAAGGCAGGGCUUCACCAGUGUGCCCAGUCAGGGUGGCAGCUCCCUAGGCAUGGCACGCCAUCACUGUGCUAUACGACAUUACACCCUUGGCGAGUUUGCACGAGAACAAGAGAGCAGCCACAAGCAUGUGCUGCGUCAACAUCUACGGCAAGAAAAGCUCAAUGCUCGCAAGUUGAAGCUGACACGGAAUGGAACUGUGGAUUGUCCCGAAGCAGAGUUGCUUACCCUAGACGACAUAUCCGAUGAGGAUCUGGACGUUGAGAGUGUAGAAGUGGACGAUUGCUUCUUCUUGCAGCCUCUUCCGACCAAGAGACGUCGGGCACUACUGAGGGCUUCAGGUAUUGCCCGCAUAGAUGCCAGAGAAAAGGCUGAGCUGCGUGCCAUACGUUUGUCCCGGGAGGAGUGUGGUUGUGACUGCCGCUUCUACUGCGACCCUCGGCACUGCGGCUGCAGCCAAGCUGGAAUUAAGUGCCAGGUGGAUCGGAUGUCCUUCCCAUGUGGCUGCACCCGUGACGGUUGUGGUAAUACAGCUGGCCGCAUUGAGUUCAACCCUCUUCGUGUGCGUACCCACUAUCUUCACACUGUCAUGAAACUUGACCUGGAAAAGAGAAGCCUGUUGGGUGUAAGGUCUGGAGAGGAUUGUGGGGAAGAGACAGAAUUAGUCUCUUCUCCAUCUCUGUCUCUUUCUCCCUUGGACUCAGAGGUGGAAAGCCAAAGCAUUCAGGAGUUGCAAGAGGAGCAGUGCGACAGCCUGGAGCGUGAGAACGAAACAGCUGUGCUUCACCUACAAAGUGCAGAGGAACGGGAAAGGAGACUGGAACAAGAGGAGCAGCAGGUCGAGGAGGCGCAGACCACUGACCCAACCCUUUGCCUCCUGCAGAGUGCCCUCACCAGCCAAGCUGGGAUGGAGGGCAUGGAAGGUGUUGAGGGAGUCCUUCUAGAAGGGCCUUUUCCUGAAGGUACCACCCUGCUGUGUAUUACAGAGAACCAUGCGGAUGAACAGACCGAGCAGAGGCUGCUCAAAGACCCUGCUUCUGUCCUCUAUUAUCAGGUAGGUCAUGUAGAGACAGCAGCCUUUGAGACACUUCCUGCGCAAGUAGAGGAGGUGGUGAGUGAAGGAGGGGAUCCAGAUACGGAGAGCGAUCGGCAAAAACGAGAAACCUGCGGGCAGGAUUCGGCCAAGAGCUUGUCUGUCGAAGUACCUCCACCUCUCAAGGAUGGGGACGAAGAACAUCUUUGUCCAGAACAGGCCUCAAAUGAAGGGGAAUGCCUCGAGACAUGCCUGGCACUGGAUGAAAAGGCAGUACAACUUCCUCCAGAAGUGUAGAGCCCAUCACCUCUGCAGAAGUUUUGCACAAGUUAGUCAUUAAAUGCAAAGAGAGCCUACUCCACACAGUGCGGUAUGUUACAAGACUGCAUAAUGUUAUUAAAUGUUAAAGAAACAAGUUACCUUCAUGGGUUUGUAUCCAAUUUAGCUGGAGAUAAGCAUGUACUGUGUUUGAAGUAGGUUGUACGUGGUAAAAUAAGUUAAUAAUAAAAAAAAAAUAGAAUAAUUUAUUUAAAAAAAUGAAAAAAGAAACUCAAGAAAAGCAGAGAUCCUGAUCAGUCAACAAGUGUUUAUUUGGUAUCAGUUUAUUACUUGAUACUAGUGGGAAAAAGUGGCCUUUAUGUCGAGGAGCAAGCAUUUUCAGGAUUAUCCAGCGCCUUUAUAUGGCCUUUGUACAGUUUCCGAUACUGUACCCCAACAACUAAUUGGCACUGUGAGGAGGGUAUAUGCUAAUGCUAUGUUCAUGUCUUGGUGGAAUUACCACAAUUAUGAGAUGACAACUCUUAGCUAUUCAUAUACUCAGUUUCUAUGACAGCUUAUUGCAAAAAAAAAAAGAGAAGCUUUUAUAAAAUUAAGUAGUUCCAACCUUGGAAUUACAAAAGUUUCCAAAGGCCUUGAAUGGUUUCUAAUACUCAGAAUCCUGUAAUUAUGGUAAUUCUUUCAGGGUGUGAAUUCAACAUUAGUAAUAUGCAUAUGGCUAAUGCUAACGCUAAGAGAAGGGGUUGCUAAUUUCAGAAGAGGGUGUUGUUUGUAGCAUCCUUCCUGUGACCCAACAAUCCUGGAAAUACUUGGUUUUCAUGUACUGUACAAGUGUUUUGCUAAGAGCUAGCAUGAAGAUGAGUGAAAAAGCUGCUUGUUCUUUGUAUGCAUGUUGAAAACUCGAUUCGUUUGAACUUGCUGAGAGGGGAUCAGGAGGAUGAAUGAAUGUGCAAGCCAUUUGCACAGCAGAGCAGUUCUUUACUGUAGUCUUGACCUGACACCGUUUGAAGCUGUAGCCUACCGUCCCAGUUCGUGGACGUUUAUUAAUUUACCACCCCUUUGUAUUGUUAGGGCGAGGACAAUGUUUAUGAGUAUUGUCAUCUACAAUCAUUUAGUUGUUGUUGUUGUUUUUUUGGUGUGUUUUAAUUUUUCAGGAGUGAAUGAGAUCAUACACAUUUAUUGCACAUCAAGCCUUUAAAGAUUACAGAAGACAUUUUAUGGGUGAAUCUCAUGAAAACAUGUCCAGGUCUCAUUUCAAAAGGGAAAAAAAAUGCAUAAAAAAAUAGCAUUUUACAUAAUUUAAGUAAAAUUUUAGGAUCAUUACCAUUUUUUACAACAAUUUUACCACCAUCAAAGGCGUGUUCUUAACAUUUUGUGAAAUUGACCUGUAUAAGUUCAACCUUUAAAUCCAGUAUUUAAAAUCCAAGGUGAUCUUAUACAUCAUGUAGGCCUUUAUGUACUGUAUGACAAGGCAAGGAAGACUUGAGGAGAUUAUAUAUUGUAAGUUUGACUUACACAUUGGCCUUUUCAGUUUAUCUCACUAGGCCAGUUUUAACCAGUCCUGAUAUUUAAGCAACAUUACAAGUCAACAGUCCACCUAAUUUUUAACGUACAAACCUUCAUUUAAACCCUGUGAAGACCAUCUUUCUUGCCUCUGUAUCCUUACUGUUCUUCCCUGUUGCAUUUUUAUAGUCUAUCCCUCUCGAUUUAGAAUAUGAAUAAUGUUGAAGAAAAUUUUACUUGGAUGCUUUGUUGAAGCUGUUUUAUUUGACUUCUGUUUUACGUUAAAGACAAAGUAAUAAUUUGAAUGGUUACAUGAAAAAAAAUGGUGUCUUCAAAUAGUUAAAUGAGUUCUGUGAUGUUGCUAAAUUAUUUAAACGUAAGGAACCCA